UAUACUUAUCUCGUUCUGUUUCUUUCCGGCUGGCCCACUUCUACCGAUUCGCCGUCGUCGUCGUAAAAUGCGAUCUUUCCGAGCCGACAUCCCAAAUUUCCCUUCUUAUAUCAAUCAACUCCCGCGCUCUUCUCCGGCGGAUCGAAAUUCUCAUUUUCCCGGCCAGCGCACGCCGUCUCCGACUGCCGAAUGUCUCCUCGGACGAAAGUCAUGCGAUGCCACGAUUGGAUCAACACGCUCCUUCCCGAAGAGAUCGUCCUCGAGAUCUUCCGGCGCCUCGAUUCCAAGCACACCCGCGACGCCUGCUCCCUCGUCUGCAAGCGGUGGCUUUCCUUAGAGCGCCUCAGCCGGACCACUCUCCGGAUUGGCGCUUCCGGUAACCCCGAUUUCUUCAUCCACUUACUCUCCAGCCGUUUCCCCAACAUCAAAACCAUCCACAUCGACGAGCGCCUCUCCAUUUCUAUCCCCUCCCAGCUUGGGCGGAAGAGAAGAAAAUCAGGAUCGUCUUAUUUCAAGCUUCACAGCGUGUUUCAAGAGGAUAUGCCUGAAGCCGAACAAUUUGAUUCCUACUGUUUGUCGGAUCUUGGGUUGAUUACACUUAGUGAUCAGUUCCCAGCUCUCGAACGUUUGAGCUUAAUCUGGUGCUCCAAUGUUUCAAGUCUGGGUUUAGUCUCUCUUUCCUUGAAAUGCUCGCUCUUGAAAUCUCUGGAUUUGCAGGGUUGCUAUGUUGGUGAUGGAGGUCUGGCUGCUAUUGGAAGGUGUUGUAAGCAAUUACAAGAACUAAAUUUGCGGUUUUGUGAAGGGUUGAGUGACGUGGGUCUGGUUGAGCUAGCUGAAGGCUGCUCGAAAUCGCUAAAGACUCUUGGGGUUGCAGCUUGUGCAAAGAUAACAGACAAAUCGUUGGUGGCAGUGGGUUCCCACUGCAAAUCCCUGGAAACCUUGUCACUGGACUCUGAAUGCAUUCACAAUGAUGGGGUUCUUGCCGUUGCCAAAGGAUGCCCUCUUCUGAAAGUCUUGAAGCUGCAAUGCAUUAAUGUUACUGACGACGCUCUUAUAGCUGUAGGAAAAUAUUGCUCUUCACUGGAGGCGUUGGCUUUGUACAGCUUCCAGCGAUUUACUGACAGGGGAUUGUGUGCUAUUGGAGCUGGAUCUAAGAAGUUGAAAAAUCUUACUCUGAGCGACUGCUAUUUCCUCAGUGACCAGGGUUUAGGAUCAAUUGCCACGGGUUGUAAAGAACUCACACAUCUUGAAGUUAAUGGGUGUCACAAUAUUGGAUCAGUGGGAUUGGAAGCCAUUGGACGAUCAUGCACGCGCCUCACUGAGUUGGCAUUGUUAUACUGCCAAAGGAUCGGUGAUAAUGCUCUUCAUGAAAUUGGAAAGGGCUGUAAGUUCUUGGAGGCCCUUCACUUGGUAGAUUGUUCUAGCAUUGGAGAUGAUGCCAUUUGUAGCAUAGCCAAGGGGUGCACAAAUUUGAAGAAACUUCAUAUUCGUCGGUGUUAUGAGGUUGGGAACAAAGGUAUUAUGGCCAUCGGCGACAACUGCAAAUCACUUGCGGAUCUUAGCCUUAGAUUCUGUGACAGGGUGGGAGACGAGGCCCUUGUAUCCAUUGGCCAAUGUCACUCCCUCCAGACCCUAAACGUCAGUGGCUGCCAUCAAAUAGGCGACGCCGGAAUAAUAGCAGUUGCAAGAGGCUGCCCUGACCUCAGCUACCUCGACGUGAGCGUGCUUCAGAAUCUGGGCGAUAUGGCGCUUGCCGAGCUAGGAGAGGGCUGUCCAGCUCUGAAAGAGAUAGUAAUCUCCCACUGUCGUCAGAUCACCGACGUCGGCCUCUCCCACCUCGUCAGGAACUGCGCCAUGCUGGAAUCCUGCCACGUCGUUUACUGCCCUGGUGUAACCGCCGUGGGGAUCGCCACGCUGGUCUCCGGUUGCCCGAACAUAAAGAAGGUGCUGGUGGAGAAGUGGAAGGUGAGCGAGAGGACCAAGCGCAGAGCAGGCUCUGUCAUCUCCUACCUGUGCAUCGAUCUGUAGUAGAAAUGUAGAAUACACAGGGAGAACAAAGUCCGUGUAGUCUCAGAAAGUCAGGGUGCUGAACUUGUGCAUAAAGCCUGGUUAUUUAUUUUUCCUGCUUUCCUUUUCCCCCCCCUGUAUUUAUUUAGUUACACAUUGGUGUGUUAGCUCUGAAUAAGCGUGGCAAGGUUGCAAAGUGUUGUUGUAUGAAUAAAUUGCAUCGAGUGGU